CCUAAAUCCUUAUUAGCUGGCAUCUUCAAGCUCAUCAUAAUCACAAACGCGUUCUCUUCCUGUCGUUUUACUGUAUUUCUCUUUGCUAUACUCUAUAUAAUGCAAUAUCCUUUUCUGUUUCUCUUCAUUCCAAAUCAAAUAUAUCCUCUAAACAAAUCCUAAGCUCAUCACCUCUGCUUUGAUAAUGGCCUCCUUUGUUUCCUCCCAUGUUCUACUCUUCCUUGUUCUGAUAGUCUCGUUGGUUGAUUUCAGCUCUUCAGCAAGGAGUCUCGGUGAGUCAUCCGAUGCCCCCCAGCAACAACUGCUAUUUCAGUAUCACAAUGGUCCACUUCUUAGUGGCAAAAUCUCCGUCAAUCUAAUCUGGUAUGGCAAAUUCAGUCCUGCGCAGAGGGCAAUCAUUACAGAUUUUAUCACCUCUCUAUCAUCUUCAAAAACCAAAACAGUUCAUCCCUCUGUUGUCACUUGGAGGGAAGCCAUUGACAAAUACUACCACCUUGUCAAAUCCUAUAAAGCGUCUUCCCUUGCCCUUUCCUUGGGUACCCAAAUCCUCGACACGAACUAUUCAUUAGGCAAAUCCCUCACGAGUAAGCAAAUUGUUCAAUUGGCGUCAAAGGGUGGCCAAAAAGAUGCUAUCAAUGUGGUUUUGACUUCAUCUGAUGUUGCAGUUGAAGGGUUCUGUUCAAGCAGGUGUGGUACACAUGGCUCUGCCUUGUCUGCUCGGAAAAUUAAUAAUGGCAAGACCUCUAAAUUUGCUUACAUCUGGGUUGGGAAUUCUGAGACCCAAUGCCCAGGUCAAUGUGCGUGGCCAUUCCACCAGCCAAUCUAUGGACCACAGAGCCCACCACUGAUUGCACCCAACAACGAUGUGGGUCUCGAUGGUAUGGUCAUCAAUUUGGCUAGCCUCUUGGCAGGAACUGCAACAAAUCCAUUCGGAAAUGGAUACUUCCAGGGUCCAAAGGAGGCACCAUUGGAGGCUGCAUCUGCUUGUCCUGGAGUAUUUGGCAAGGGAGCCUAUCCUGGUUACGCUGGGGAGCUAUUAGUGGACGCUACAACUGGUGCUAGCUACAAUGCAAAUGGCGUAAAUGGCAGGAAAUACUUGCUUCCAGCUUUACUUGACCCCUCAACCUCAGUCUGUUCAACUUUGGUCUAAGAAACAAUUCAUCAUAUUACUUACCAACAUUCAUUUUAAUACGUAUACCUGUAUAUAUUUAUUUUGGAGCUUGCAUGAGCACAAGGGGAUAAUAAUGAAAAUUCAUUGAUAUAUAUUGUUUUAUUAUCAUUAUUUUUUACUAAUAAAUAAUAAUUACGAGAAUUUCUAGCCCUCCA